AUGAUUGUGAAGAACGCGAUAGAAAAUCAAUUGAUGCCAAUGGAGAUCAUACUCACCCGCGAUCAGAGGACUACGUCCCACCGGGUUCAUGACCAGGCGAAUCCUGUUAUGCGAGUCAACGCGCUGAUAUCAAAGUCGGCGAUUUCAUCUUUGGAACAAACCAAAUAUCAGGAGAUCGUCGCGAGACGUCAUUGCAUUAGAGCGAUAACCGCGAAAACGCUUAAACGAGAGAAAAAGAGUGAUUUGCACCUCAUGCCAACAUUUUAUCAUGACCGAAGAACACAACAUUCUAAUGCAUCCUUCAGCGUACUCAGAUUUCUAAGGUUAGGCUGUGCGUUAGUGAUUAUACUAGCGACGCUGUCAGUGCGAAGUGCUCCGAUAAUGAAUUCCCCGAACAAAACGGAUGAUAUGAAAUGGGUGAAUCCUUGUGGCGUCUCUACCAAAUUACGAACAAACGGCUCCAAUCCGGACAUUGCUCAGUUGGAGGACCAUGAUCUCCUCAACCAAAUAGUACUCCAAGCGAGAACAGCAUUAAAGCAUGCACAACUAUUUAGAGAUGAAUUUAUCAGACAAACUUUCAAGACGGACUUCGCCAGCGUCCACAAUUUGUGGAGGAAAUAUCAUUACGCUUGGCUGCCUACACGAUCUGAAAUACCCAAAGAACUGGGAGAGGAACUGGAUAAAGAACAUCUUAACAAAUUGGAUAUUAACACGUCUCUCGUCGAUGCGUACGAAUAUAUGCAGAAAUAUGCGGUGGGCUUAGAGCAGGUAGUUUUGGAUCAAAAGGAUUAUCAGCCUAAGUAUCAUCAGAAAUUCACAGAAGCCGAAUGGAAACUUCGAGCGGUUCUGUGUGAGAUCCAAGUUGCUAUAGAAGAACGUAGUGUAACGCGACGGCCGGACGUCACUCGAGAUGUUAUGACAUCUGAUUUCCGAACGAUGACAGACAUGACGUCCCGUGAUCUGCGUGACUGGCUGAUUUUCCGCGAAUACAUGAAUGGUCUCGAAUAUGUGAUACAAGUAUUUUCACAUCUACGCCUACGUCUGUAAUCUGUACAAUUAUGAAGAUCCAUAAAAAGCCGAAGAAGGGCUACCAGACGACGCUUUCAUCUUACAAAAUUAACGUAGUUACUGAUGGCUCCAUUUUCCUGAGAAGAAGAAAUAUAGGGAAGAGAUAGAAGGAUCUUCCGAUUAUCUUCUAAUUAUCAUUUAAAGAGCACAAUUUUAACGAAAUAUGUCUCUGCAACAAGGAUCGGGCUAUUUGUUGGUAUCGACGAUGAGAACUAAUAUUGUCGAACCGACUGAUAUACCGCAUCACAGUAUCUACAUUAAGCUUCUACGAUAACUUUGAAAUAGAAAUGCCAUUAAUGCUCCCAACACUUCAAUUACCUCUUCGAUAUUCUUUAAUGGUACUUCGUACGAAA